UGUAUCGCCCGUUGUUUGGCCCGUUUGGCUCACUUUCGGCAAAAUGGCGACGUCCCUGGGAUCCAACACCUACAACAGACAGAAUUGGGAAGACGCGGACUUUCCAAUUCUGUGUCAGACAUGUUUAGGAGAAAAUCCCUACAUUCGUAUGACCAAAGAGAAGUAUGGGAAAGAAUGCAAGAUCUGUGCUAGACCUUUCACCGUGUUCAGAUGGUGUCCGGGCACACGAAUGCGUUUCAAGAAGACAGAAGUUUGUCAGACCUGCAGUAAAAUGAAAAAUGUUUGUCAGACAUGCCUGCUGGACCUGGAGUAUGGUUUGCCCAUCCAGGUCAGAGACACUGGACUUACCAUUAAAGAUGAGGUUCCCAGGUCAGAUGUAAAUAAAGAAUACUACACACAGAACAUGGAGAGAGAGAUAGCCAAUUCUGAUGGCACUCGGCCUGUAGGCCAGCUCGGUAAGGCUACAAGCUCGAGUGAUAUGUUGCUGAAAUUGGCACGAACCACACCAUAUUACAAGAGGAACCGACCACAUAUAUGCUCUUUCUGGGUGAAAGGAGAGUGUAAGAGAGGAGAGGAGUGUCCUUACAGGCACGAGAAGCCCACAGAUCCUGACGACCCUCUGGCCGACCAGAACAUCAAAGAUCGUUAUUAUGGCAUCAAUGAUCCGGUAGCUGACAAGCUGCUGAAGCGGGCAUCCACUAUGCCUCGACUGGACCCACCAGAGGACAAGUCCAUCACCACCCUCUACAUAGGGGGUUUGGGAGAUACUGUCACAGAUGGAGAUCUCAAGAGUCAUUUCUACCAGUUUGGUGAAAUUCGAACUAUUACCAUAGUUCAAAGACAGCAGUGUGCGUUCAUCCAGUUUGCAACAAGACAGGCAGCUGAAAUGGCUGCUGAAAAAUCCUUCAACAAGCUCAUCAUUAAUGGGCGCAGGCUCACUGUCAAGUGGGGAAGGUCUCAGGCAGCCAGAGGGAAGGAAGGCGUCAAGGACGGUGUCAGUGAGAUGGGUACCAGACUUGAUCCUGUACCUGGACUGCCUGGAGCUCUUCCACCACCACCAGCACUAGAUGAAGAGACUCCUGCAAACUACUUCAAUCUAGACCCUAGCUCCUCUCCUACUGUCAUGAAUAUUGCUUUGCCACCACCUCCAGGCAUCAACCCACCUCCUCCAGGCUUUGGCCCUCCAAUGUUUCACCCCAUGGGUCCCAUGGCGCCACCCAUGCCCCCUCCUAUGACAAUGAGACCUCCAGGUACAAUCCACUACCCCUCCCAGGAUCCUCAGCGCAUGGGUGCCCACUCUGCACACGGCUCACGUCACGGCGAAUAGCUCCUAAAGUGAAGUCAUGUUGUGGUUGGGUGUCCUUCAGUUGCUCAUGAAAUACCUGCUCGGGGGCAUCAAACUGCUGUGGGCCUGAAACCUGAAGGCUGCCUCUGGAAAGAAAUGCACUGUACAGGGAUCAGUUAUUUCUAAGAGCAGCAAAUAAACUGAACGAGCACAGAGAUGAAAUCCAGGAUCUUACAUGAUACUCAAAGUUAAAAAGUAACACAACUUAACAAAGGAAAAGACUUUAAACAUGAGCACUGGCCAGUGUGACCAGGGCUGUGUGGAGCCAUUGUACAUAUAAGUACUUAUUAUUUGGGGUAAACUUGUAUUACCCGUAGUAUCACAUGAAGCUGAAUGCAGAGGAGCAUUUUUAAAUCUUUUCUUUUUCUUUUUCAGUUACAGUUACCUUUCUUUUUUUAUUUGACACAAUCUUGAAAUUCCAUAAUUAGUUUAUCGUAAUGCUUUCUUUAAAUGUUUUGUCAUUAAAAUGACCCAGUUUCAUCAA